AUGGGCGGCUGCCUGAGUCGCGUCGUCCUCGUGGACCCACACUAUUCGACGACCGACGGCAUGCAAGCACUCUUUCACUCGCUCGGCUUCACCGUGCACGACACCAAUCGCCUCCACGUUGCCUUUCUGCAGGCGGACGCAGACAGCACGGGCGGGCUCUCGUUUCUGGAGUUUCUGACCUGCUUUGUUUACAAAAAGACCUUUACGAUGAUGGAUGUCGACGGCAACGGCGACGUGGAUUUUGAAGAAUUUGUACUGGCCAUGUGGAAAUUUUGUCUCUUCUCCAAGGAAGCGCUCAUUGGCUUCUCAUUUGGCCUUUAUGACGAAGACUGCAGUGGCGAGAUUGACACGUUCGAAGCCCAGCGCUGCCUUCGUGAAGUGUGGGGCGACAAGUGGCAGCACAACCCGCACGCGAGCACGAUUAGUGAAAAGCUCAACCUCCUCGCUGAUCUCCACGGCGGGUCGAUUACAAAAGGCCAGUUUGUCAAAUUCAUGCAUUCACACCCGAUCUUGCUCUUUCCCGCCUUUCAAGUCCAGCACGAAAUGAUUGUGCGCAUGCAUGGAGAGUCGUUCUGGCGGCGCAUUGAAGACCAGCGCCAGGCGCACAAGACUAAACCCGAGCCGUGGCCGACCGAUGACGAGAUUUUGGACCGCUUCAACGAAUACCACAACCAGACCAUCUUCAACGGUAUCGAGCACGCGCCCAUAUCCGAGAACGCGCCUGUCCACGACUAUAAAUUCAAAGAGUCGUUUCGAACCAAACAAGCCAGCAAGGGUCCUGCCAAGAAAUAUAAGAGCCCGACCACGAUUGCCGUCGCAGCUCGCAAACCGUCGAUCCGAGAGACGCUGCGUCAACACUCGAUCAAGUUUACGGCAAGGUUACCCAAAGGAGGUGCGAAAAAACCCACUUGAUAGAGUUGUCAAUCGGCGUGUAAAUACUUUAACGCGUGCACGAGUCCACA